AUGCCCAGCACCGCGGGCAGCCGCCGCCGACACCCGCCCGCUGCUAGCCCCGUCCCCGUCCCGCCGGAAGCAGACAGCUUUCCUGCGAGAGCAGGCCGUGAAGCCUCCUGCAGGAAUGCUUUUUGCUAUCAUCUGAAUCUGGGCACCAGGAAAAGGCAGGAAAACACAGAUACGAAUUAUUCUCGGUUCAUCACAACUGUGAGCGCAGCAAGAAAGGAAUCUCCAAUAAGACUUCUGACUGAAUUGAUGCAAAGGUCUCCUCCAUCUCUCAUCUCUCUGGCUGGAGGGGCACCAAACCCUAAUGUUUUUCCAUUUAAGAAGGCUACUGUUGCCAUUGGACAUGGAAAUGCUGUUGAGAUUGGGGAAGAUUUGAUGAAGAGGACUCUUCAGUACUCCGCCUCAGCAGGGAUUCCAGAACUGUUGUCUUGGCUAAAGAAAUUUCAGAGAAAUCUACACAAUCCCCCAACAGCCAACUAUAGUCCUGAGCAAGGACAAAUGGAAAUGUGCAUCACAACUGGCAGCCAGGAAGGCUUGUGCAAAGUAUUUGAAAUGCUCAUUAAUCCUGGAGACAACAUCCUUUUGGAUGCACCUACAUAUGCUGGGACACUAGCAGCUCUGAGACCUUUGGGUUGUAACAUUAUUAAUGUUCCUAGUGACCAACAUGGCAUUAUUCCAAAAGCUCUAAAAGGAAUUCUAUCUGCUUGGAGUCCAGAAGAUAUAAAAAAUCGUAGUCACGGUCUCCCCAAAUUCCUAUACACUAUUCCAAAUGGCUGCAACCCAACUGGCAACUCUCUGACCGCAGAGCGCAAGAAGGAGAUUUACCAGCUUGCAAGAAAAUAUGAUUUCCUUAUAAUAGAAGAUGAUCCUUAUUACUUUCUUCAGUUUGAAAAGCCAUGGGCUCCAUCUUUCCUCUCAAUGGAUUUGGAUGGCCGAGUUAUCAGGACUGACUCUCUCUCUAAAAUUCUCUCAUCUGGGUUGAGAAUAGGUUUUCUGACAGGUCCCAAGCCUCUUAUCGACAGAGUUAUUCUACACAUUCAGGUUUCAACAAUGCACACCAGCACUUUCACACAGAUUAUGAUAUCACAGCUUCUUCAGCAAUGGGGAGAAAAGGGCUUUUUGGAGCAUAUAAACAGAGUUGUGGAGUUCUACAAGACCCAGCGGGAUGCAAUGCUCAUUGCUGCUGACAAGUGGUUAAAAGGCUUGGCAGAAUGGUAUCCUCCUGCUGCUGGCAUGUUCUUAUGGAUCAAAAUUAAGGGAGUUUCUGAUACAGAGCAGCUGAUCAUGGAAAAAGCCUUGCAGAAAGAAGUGUUACUUGUUCCUGGAAGAGCAUUCAAUAUCAAUAGUUCAGAGCCUAGUUCCUAUGUCAGAGCUUCCUUCUCUCUAUCUUCUCCAGCCCAGAUGGAUCUGGCUUUCAGGAGACUGGCUGACCUUAUAAAAGAAGCUUGAUGGAAAAGCUGAACAGAGCUCAUACAGCAAUCAAAAAUAUCUCCAGAAAAUAUUUGUUAACACUUGUAUUUCAUCAGAAUACUUUAAAAACAAGUACAACACUGUGGUUGUUUCC